AUGCACACUCUGAAUUCUUCUGAAAUUGAGAUCACUACCUUCUACCUGAUUGGAAUCCCAGGGCUGGAGCAUGUCCAUGCCUGGAUCUCCAUCCCUAUCUGCCUCAUGUACCUGAUGGCCAUCCUGGGCAAUUGCACCAUCCUCUCCGUGAUCAGAACAGAACACUCGCUCCACGCACCAAUGUACUAUUUCCUUUCCAUGUUGGCUAUAUCUGACCUGGGCCUUUCCCUCUCCUCCCUCCCUACUACACUAAGGAUUUUCAUGUUCAAUGCCACAGGAAUUUCUCCAAAUGCCUGCUUUAUUCAAGUAUUCUUCAUUCAUGGAUUCACAGAUAUGGAAUCGUCAGUUCUCCUGGUCAUGUCCUUCGACCGCUUUUUGGCCAUACGCAACCCUCUGAGAUAUAGCUCGAUCCUCACCAGUGCCAGAGUUACCAAAAUGGGGGUGGUGUUUCUCGUUAAAAGCAUCCUCUUAGUGCUCCCAUUUCCUUUCACUCUCAAAAGAUUGACAUAUUGUAGGAAAAGCCUACUUUCUCAUUCCUUUUGUCUUCAUCAGGAUGUCAUGAAACUGUCCUGCUCUGACAGCACAGUGAAAUUUUUCUAUGGUUUCUUUGUUGCUCUCUGUAUGAUGUCAGAAAGUGUGUUCAUUGCCAUGUCCUAUGUGUUAAUCCUGAAGACGCUGGGAAUAGGUUCCCAUAAGGAGCGGCUCAAGGCCCUCAACACCUGUGUCUCCCACAUCUGCACUGUGCUCAUCUUCUAUGUGCCCAUUAUUGCCUUGGCUUCCAUGCACCACUUUGGCAAGCACAAGUCACCCAUGGCCAUGAUCCUCAUUGCUGAUAUGUUCUUCCUAGCACCACCUCUGAUGAACUCCAUUGUAUACUGUGUGAAGACACGGCAAAUUCAAGAAAAGCUUCUGGGAAAAUUGGGUCUAAAAGAAAAAUAA